AGAUCUGUAGCGCCGUCUCCGUUUUAACUGGUCGCCGCCUCCGCCGCUGCCACCUCUCCCCCUCUCCCACCUCCGCCCUCUCCUUAUCGCCGCCGCCCCCGCCGCCGCCAUGGCACCAGGCCUCUACGCCGACAUCGGCAAGAAGUCCAGAGAUCUGCUGUACAAGGACUACAACACGCACCAGAAAUUCUCCGUCACCACCUGCUCCCCCCACGGCGUCGCAAUAACAGCCGCAGGAACAAGGAAAAAUGAGUCCAUAUUUGGUGAGCUUCAGACCCAGAUUAAGAACAAGAAGUUGACAGUUGAUGUCAAAGCAAACUCAGAGUCAGAUCUUUUGACAACAAUCACUGUGGAUGAGUUUGGAACUUCAGGGCUCAAAUCGAUUCUCAGCUUGGUUGUUCCAGACCAGAGAUCAGGGAAGCUUGAGCUCCAGUACUUGCAUGAAUUUGCUGGUGUGAAUGCAAGCAUUGGGCUUAAUCCCAACCCUAUGGUUAACUUUUCUGGUGUCUUUGGAAGCAAAGCACUCUCAGUUGGCGUUGAUGUUUCAUUUGAUACGGCAACUAGCAAUUUCACCAAGUACAAUGCGGCCCUGAGCCUUACCAAUCCAGAUCUUAUUGCUUCCCUCCAUUUGAAUAACCAUGGUGAUACCAUGGUUGCAUCCUACUACCACUUGGUAAAGCAUCACUCAGGCACCGCUGUUGGGGCUGAGCUGUCACACAGCUUCUCUAGAAACGAGAGUACGCUGAUCUUUGGUUCUCAGCACUCGUUGGAUCCCCACACCACCGUAAAGGCACGCUUCAACAACUAUGGCAUGGCCAGUGCCCUUGUCCAGCAUGAAUGGCGCCCCAAAUCAUUUGUCACCAUCUCUGGUGAGGUCGACACCAAGGCAAUUGAGAAGAGCACAAAGGUCGGUUUGUCCUUGGUGCUCAAGCACUGAGACACCGGACGUUUUGGGCUUCAGGAUUAUCCUUUUCAGUUUCAGUGGAUUGGAAUAACAUGGGAAAACAUGGCCCGAAGAAGUCAUCUUUGUGGCAUCAUUUUGAUCUUGAAUUGUAUUUGUUUGUUUUUCCUCCAUGAUCUGUUCCAUAGGCAAAUAUUAGGAUUGACCUUAUGAUUUAAUUCUCAGCACCUUCUGUUAAUAAUCUCUGGUGAUUGUGCAGAUUGUAAAGCUUGUCAAACGUGUUGGUGAUUGUUUGUUCAGAAAAAUGUGAUGGUGAUUACUUGGCAUUCA